GGCCGCUGCAGACGUCAGGGCCCCGCCGCGCGAGGCCGCUCCGCCGUGGGCUCGGCCGGGGCUGCCGUGAGCGUGCGGGCGCGCCGGGCAUGUCCUAGGCGGCGGCUUCGCGCUGCGCUCGGCCGGGCCGAGCCGGGAAGAAGCCAGGACGGAGCCGAGGACGGAGCCGGGGCCGCGCGGCAGAGCCGGGCCGGCCUGGCCAGCGCCAAGAUGAGCGUCACCUCCUGGUUCCUGGUGAGCAGCAGCGGCACGCGGCACCGGCUCCCGCGCGAGCUCAUCUUCGUGGGGCGGGAUGAGUGUGAGCUCAUGCUGCAGUCCCGCAGCGUGGACAAGCAGCACGCCGUCAUCAACUACGACCAGGACAGGGACGAGCACUGGGUGAAGGACCUGGGCAGCCUCAACGGAACGUUUGUGAACGACGUGCGCAUCCCGGACCAGAAGUACGUGACUCUGAAGCUCAACGAUGUCGUCCGCUUCGGCUACGAUUCCAACAUGUACGUGCUGGAGCGGGUGCAGCACCGCGUGCCGGAGGAGGCGCUCAAGCAUGAGAAGUACAGCAGCCAGCUGCAGGUGAGCCUCCAGGGCUCGGCGCCCACGCGGGGCGAGGCACAGCCCGAGCAGCCGCUCUACUGCGAGUCCUCGAACCCCAGGCCAGAGAAGGGGGACCGGAGACCCGGAGCAGAGUCGGCCACCUACCGCACACCCUUGUACGGGCAGCCCUCGUGGUGGGGAGAGGACGACGGCAGUGCACUGCCCGAGGGCCGGCGCCAGGAGGAGCCCUGCCGAGAGCGUCCCAAGGAGCCCGCGCAGCCAGAAGCUGAGCCGGACGGGACGUUGGCCGGCCUCCGUGCGCCUGCCGAGCCCCAGAGCUGCUCGUUCCGGCGCGAGCCCAGCUACUUCGAGAUCCCCACGAAGGAGGCCCCACCGCUGCCGCGGUCCCCGGAGGCGGACGCUGGGGUGGCCCCCGUGGUGCAGAGCCACGCCUCCUUCACCAUCGAGUUUGACGACUGCAGUCCGGGCAAGGUGAAGAUCAAGGACCAUGUCACCAAGUUCUCCCUGCGCCAGCGCCGGCCGCCAGGCCGGGAGGCCGCGCCCGUGGAGGUGGUCUCGGCCGAGACCAAGGUAGCCGACUGGCUGGUGCAGAGCGACCCGAGCCUGCUGCGCCGGGCGGGGCCCGGCGACGACCGCCACAGCACCAAGAGUGACCUGGCCGUCCACAGCCGCAGCCUCAAGGGCCACAAACAUGAGGAUGGCACGCAGAGCGACUCCGAGGACCCCCUGGCCAAAGCGGCCGCGGCGGUGGCGGCGGUGGCGGCUGGGGCCCCAGCUGAGGCCGGCGGGGAGCAGGUGCGGCUGCAGCGGCAGAUCCGGCGGGACCCCCAGGAGCUGCUGCGCAACCAGCAGGCGUUCGUCAUCGAGUUCUUUGACGAGGACACGCCCCGCAAGAAGCGCUCCCAGUCCUUCACCCACACCCCACCCGGGGACCCCAGAGCCGACAGGCGCCGUGGCCCGGGGCCAGCUGAUCGGGACCGGGCGGCAGGGGGCGCCGCAGGACCGCAGAGGGCCAGCUCCCUCAAGCGGGAGAAGACGGAGGAGCGGCUGGGGAGCCCCACGCCUGCCCCCCGGACCCCUGCCCGCCCCUUCGGCAGCGUGGGGCGCCGCUCCCGCCUGGCUCAGGACUUCCUGGCCCAGUGUCUGGCAGACGGCGCCCCAGCCACCCGGCCCGGCCCUGACAAGGCCCCCCCGGUCCUGCCCCCGGCCCUGACACCUCGGGGGCCCAGCCCCGUGGCCCCCCCGGCCCCGCAGCCACCCCCUGGGGCGUGCAGGGCGGAAGAGGAUGACAGCCUCAGCGACGCGGGGACCUACACCAUCGAGACGGAGGCACAGGACAGGGAGGUGCAGGAGGCCCGCGAGAGGAUUGACCAGGUCUUUGGGGUGUUUGAGUCCCCUGAACUCUCCAGGGUGACCUCAGCCACCUUCCGCCCGGUUAUCAGAGGGGACCGAGAAGAGCCUGGUGACGGGGCUGUGGCCCAGCGCAUGGCCGUGCUGCAGGAGUUCGCCUCUCGGUCCCAAGGCAUGGCGCCCCCAGCAGAGCACCAGGGCCUGCUGGUGCCAGGCUCCCCUGGGGCUCAGAAGUGGGUGUCCCGCUGGGCCAGCCUGGCUGACAGCUACUCGGACGCAGGCCUGGCCGAGGACGGCCCUGGACGCAGGGCCGGGGAUCCUGAGGGGGCCCCGCCUGUGCGCACGCGGAGGCUGCUCCCUCAGCUGCCCGGCGACAGGGUGGACAGCCCCGUGGGUCCCGAGGCCUCCAGGAAGAGCGGGCCUGGGCCGCCCGAGCUGAGUGGUGAGCAGACCAGUCGCCUCGUGGCACGGGAGGACCUGGAGCCGGACAGCCUCAGCGACGCCAGCGGGUCUGACGGCGGCCGGGGCCCCGAGCUGGGCAGGGAGCCGCGGGAGGAGAGAGGCCGAAGCCCCCAGGAGGGGCCGGGGUGGAGCCGUGGACGACGCUCACCGCGGGCGCCCAGGGAGCCGGCCCCCACCAGUUUCUUCAUUGGGGACCAGGACGUGGACGCCACCUUCCCCAGGAAACCGCCGGUGGCUCCGGGGGAGGUGGGGGGCGCCCUGGCCAGGGACAGCCUCUACGCCAGCAGCAGCGGCAAGAUGGUUGUCCAGCUGCGCACCGGGCGCUCCCCGGAACCCGACGGCCCCAGCCCCGCCCUGGGCCAGCAGGAGAGAGCCACCAAGGAGCCGGCCCCCGGCCAGCCCCCUCCCGUCUCCAGCCACCCCCUCCUGCAGGACCUGGCCGCCACCCGGGCCUCGCGCAUGGACUUCCACAGCCACGACACACAGCUGAUCCUCAAGGAGACCGAGACAGCGCUGGCCGCCCUGGAGGCCCGGCUGCUCUCCAAGUCUGCGGGAGGCGAGGUGGGCGCCACGCCCAGGCCCCCGGAGGACUCCCUGUCCGGAGACUCGGACGUGGACACGGCCAGCACCCUCAGCCUGCUCAGUGGCAAGAACGGGCCCAGCCCCACCACCCCCCCGGCCCUGGGGCCACAGAAGGAGAAGCCGCUGGCCCUGCCGGCCACACCUGACUCGGGGGCCAGUGCUCGUGGGCGGCCCGUGGAGAAGCAGCCUCGUCCCCCAGGCCCCGCGGACCUUGGCCGUGGGGAGCCAGCGCGGCAUCUGGCCGUGCGGCGCGGCCCCGGGCCCCGGGGAUCCCUGGACUGGCCAGACGAGGAGCGUGGUCCUGGCCUCUCCCCGCCGCCCGGCUCAGACCUGGGCGCCUCCAGCCACGAGGCCCCCGAAGCCACUGGGGCAGGUCGGCCGGGCGCCCCCCGGAAAGCAGCGGCUCGGGAGGAGCAGAGCCGUGGCUCCACCAGUGCCCAGAGGGCACAGCAGCCGCUGACCCGCUCCAACAGCCUGUCCACGCCCCGGCCCACGCGGGCCUCCCGGCUGAGGCGGGCCCGGCUCGGGGAGGCCUCAGACACGGAGGCUGCGGACAGCGAACGCGGAGCCGCGGGCAACCCUGAGCCCGCGGCCCGGCCGGCCGGCGAGCAGACCAAGAAGCUGUCGCGCCUGGACUUCCUGGCCAUGCCCCGGAAGCGGGCGGGCUCCUUCACGGGGCCCAGCGACUCGGAGGCCGGGCCCGCCCGCUCCGGCUUCUCAGGCCGCAGCGUGGAGCUGGGCCGUGCCAGCCGCAAGCCCACCAUGGCCGAGGCGCGGGCCGCUGCCCGGAAGGCCGCCGCCACCGCCGCCGCGACCACCUCCAGUCCCCGCCAGCCCUUCAGCAGGGCCCGCCCGGGCAGUGCCAGAUUCGCAUCCAACGCGCGCCGCCGGCAGCAGGGCUCGGAUCACACGUCCACCUCCGAGGAGGAGUACGGCUCCCACCACAGCUCCCCCAAACACACACGCUCCCACGCCUCGGCAGCCACGCAGACCCCGCGGGCCGUCAGCUCCAGCCGGGCUCGAGCCCAGGCUCCUGGCCCCCGGGACACAGAUGAUGACGAGCAGGAGCCGGACCCCUACGGCUUUGUCGUGCAGACGGCAGAAAUCGCCGAGAUAGCCAGGCUGAGCCAGACGCUGGUGAAGGAUGUGGCCAUCCUGGCCCGGGAGAUUCACGACGUGGCCGCGGAUGGAGACUCCCUGGGCUCCUCGGCGCCUGCCCGCAGCCCCUCUCUCAGCAACGUGCCCAACACGCCGGCCUCCACCAUCUCCGCCCGCGAGGAGCUGGUGCAGCGAAUCCCGGAGGCCAGCCUGACCUUCCAGAAGGUGCCCCCUGGCUGCGCGAACUCCCGGGACCUGGACCAGAACAUGAAUGACAGCCAGGAGGACGCCCUGGCCAACAGGCCGCGGCCUCGGAACCGUGAGGAGGUGAUCUUUGACAACCUGAUGCUGAACCCGGUGUCCCAGCUGUCACACGCCAUCCGCGAGAACACGGAGCACCUCGCUGAAAAGAUGAAGAUCCUCUUUCAGAACACGGGCAGGGCGUGGGAGGACCUGGAAGCCAGAAUCGACGCCGAGAACGAGGUGCCCAUCCUGAAGACCUCCAACAAGGAAAUCAGCUGCAUCCUCAAAGAACUGCGGCGUGUGCAGAAGCAGCUGGAAGUCAUCAACGCCAUCGUGGACCCCAGUGGGAACCUGGACCUGCUGACGGGGAGCAGGGGCUCGGGCGGCUCAGCCCAGCUGGGGCUCGGGAGGGGCCGCGCGCCUGCACAGAGCCCGUCUUCGCCGUCCUCGGCGGCCACCGUGCUGCCGGGCCUGUCCUCCAGGGCCUUCCCGCCGCGGGCCAGCUGCGGGCCGCCCAGCCUCCCGGACCCCGCCUUCCUCCCGGACGCCGAGAGGUUCCUGAUCUAGGCCCCGGCCCGGCGGGGCCUCCUUGUCUGUGUGCGUCCUGUGCCUGCCUGUCCACCCGCCCCGCCCCGCCCACCUGCCCGGCUGCAGGUGUCCUCUGGGAGGGCCUCCCACACCCAGGCCCCCUGAGCCCCAGCCACCGCCCCAACCGCCUGAGCCCGCCCCCAGGCCUCCCCUCCGCGGCUGUGGGGGGCGGGGAAUUGUGCCAUUGCAGGGCCCCGGGGACUGGGACGCCACCCUCCACCUGUGGGGCCCUGUGUGCAGAGGAGGGCGGGGCUGGAGGGUGAUUCAGUGCCAAAGCCCGGCCGGCGAGGGCUGGGCCGUGUCCCUGCGGCUGUCAGGGACAGCAGGGCACUUGCCCUCGUCACCCCAGUGGGGCAGGCGAGUGGCCAGGGAGACCUGGGGGCAGACGCCCCCCUGCUCCAAACCCUUGGUGCCAACACAGCUGCCAACCCCGCGACUGGGGCCACCCCAGGAGCGCCGUCCGGAGUCUGGGCCUGGCCACAGCCGCAGGUGCGCACGGCUGCAGGCCUGGGUGUGGCCAGGUGAGUGACCGCCGCUCCCCCUCCUGCCUGGAUUCCUGCCCCCGCCCUCAGGCAUCACCCUUGCUCCCGGACACUGUGGGCAUUACGUGGACGUCUGCGACUGUCCCCCAUGCACGCGGCGGGGGUGGGGCAGUUCUACUGUCUCAGGACUCAGCUGGGGAGGGGCCAGGUAAGCAGAGCGUGGCCCGGGCAGGGCCGCUAAGCCAAAGAGCCCGCUGGCUGUGGCGGGGGUGGGGAUCUCGCACCCCCCGGCGUCCCUGCGCGUGCUGGACCGGUCCAGGAUCGGCCGCCGUGUCUCCUGUUUACAUUGAGCUGAUCGAGUCCAGUGUGCGGGUCCUGUGCGCCUGCGCCCCAGCCGCCUGUGUUUACGUGUGUGAGUGUGUGUGUAGGGGUGGGUGGCCCGGGCCCCCAGGCCCCCCGGGAGCCUGCUGUCCGUUCGGAGGAGGCGCUGGCACGGCCCGCCCUGCAUGUCCCACGCCGACACCGACACCGUGGCCGUUCAUUCCGUCCCACCCCAGGAGCCACUGUUCACUCCUCUUCACCAAUCCGCACUCCCCAGGUUGAGUUUCCGCCCCCACCCCGGCUCCGGGCUGCCGCCCCGCGGGCUUCUGGGAGCUGUCCUCGCACAUUUGUUCUCAGGUGGUCUUGUGAUCGUCUUUCAGAAAACGGUUAUUUUAUAUGAUUUGUCAUGGAGUUUGUUCUAAUAAAUCAUUCUCUGUCUCACGGCAGCACGCCCA